CUGCCGCAGGUUGCUCUCGGACAAGGGGCAGUGCUGGUGGACGAUGCCCUUCCUGAAGAUUCGCCGACGCUCACAGAGGACUCCGAGGAAGGCUGGUCGGAAUGGUCGGAAUGGUCGCCCUGCUCCCGGACCUGCGACGGCGGCGCCGCUGUGCAGUCCCGCCGCUGUCUGCACUACGCCGGAUGUCGGGGAGACUCUGUCAGGUACCAACUAUGCAACCUCGACCCCUGUCCCGCCGGCAGCCGAGACUUCCGCGCCGUGCAGUGCUCCGAGUACGACGGCCUUCCCCACGAGGGCAAUAUGUACGAGUGGGAGCCCGCCGAGGGGGAGGACCUCUGCGCCCUCACCUGCCGAGCCCGAGGAGGAGGACCCGUGGUGACCCUCAACCCCAGGGUGCAGGACGGCACCAGGUGCACCAAGGACUCCCUUGAUCUCUGCAUCAACGGCCGGUGCCAGAAAGUGGGAUGCGACUUACGCCUCGGAUCAAAGAAAACGGUGGACGCUUGCGGUGUUUGCGGGGGAGACGGCAGCACCUGCAACAAGCCUUCUUAUUACUGGGAUAAAAGGCCCACUGGACCCUGCUCUGCUACUUGCGGAGGCGGGUACCAGAUGCUGUCCGGCGUGUGCGUGGAGCAGGGCACAGGGCGCAGGGUGGCCGAGGACCUGUGCGACCACGCGGCCAGACCCAUUCCCGUCAUCCUCAACUGCAACGAUGACGCCUGCCCCACCAGCUGGCAGACGGGCGAGUGGGGCUCCUGCUCCGUGUCCUGCGGCUCGGGAUACCAGCUCCGCGAGGUGUACUGCGCCGAGCCCCGCAACACCUCGGUGGUCCGCGUCGCCGACCACUACUGCACCUCGCCCCGCCCCCCGCACCGCCAGCCCUGCAAUACUCAUGACUGCCCGCGCUGGUACGACGGCAUCUGGUCGCAGUGCUCGGCUAAGUGCGGCGACGGAGUGCAGACGAGGGUGGUGCUCUGCAGGGACUCCCGUGGCCGCUCCUCGCGACACUGCGAUCCCGCCCACCGCCCAUCAAACACUCGCUCUUGUAGAACCGGCAUAACGUGCCCUCCGCCUACCACCCUGGCACACCCGAGACAUCAGCCUUAUACACCUGCCUGGUGGACGGAAGAGCAGGACCUGGCGAGCGAGGAAGGCGUGGCCCCCCUGAUGCCCCGCCCGCAGGCUCUCACGGCCGACCAGCAGGUGCCCGCCGAGCCCACGUACAUUACCGGCAACUGGAGUGCCUGCAGCGCCAAGUGUGGCGAAGGCGUAAGGACCCGCACGGUCACUUGCAAGAUCUUCCUGGAGUUCUCCCGCACUGUAGCCGUUCUGCCUGACGACCAGUGCCCAGGUGGCAAGCCGGCUCAGACUGAGCCAUGUGCAAUGCCCUGCUCACAUGCCAUGACCAGACACGACUACCCGGUUGGCGAAGUGAGUGACGCUGCACAAGAUUCUUCAAUUGCUAGUUUGGAAGAUGCCCACGAGGGUAUCAGCACCGCAGAUGACCACAUGGCCCAUGAGACGCCCUACCUUCCUAAACUAGUGGACGAAGACGCCCCUCCAAGAGGAAGCAAGACCGCCGGCCAUGAUUCGGAUAUCUCAGUUCCCCAGGCACAGGCAUACAACGAGCCCCGCCCAGGUCUACACUCCUUUGAGACCCCCGGCGACACGCGACCCCCUAGUGACCCCCUAUUGCUGUAUGCCGGGGAAGCCAACGAGCGCGACCAGUUCGAAUCUUACGAAAUGACCCGCGAGAAACCUCAUCAUGUUGCUGAGCACUCGGAAAUGAAUUCCAUCGAGAUCGACAUGGGCGGAGGCGAGGGAAAUUUUCAGGGAUCGUAUCAUGUCUCCGAAAACUCUAACACGGCCCAAAUCUACGAAUGGUUUUCUUCUGGUUUCACCCCGUGCAGUGCAUCUUGCCUAGGUGGAGUGCAGGAAUCUGUGAUACACUGUGUUCGAACCUUGGAUAAGAAGAUCGUGUUGCCACAGCUAUGCAAAGUGGAAGAGCGACCAGAUGUUAUCACUCGAACUUGCAAUGAUCAGCCAUGCCCUCCCAGAUGGAAUGUUUCAGAGUUCGGAGCCUGCAGUAAGCAGUGCGGAGGGGGAGUACAGACGAGAGAGGUGAAGUGUAUUCACGAAGUAACACGAGGAGGCCAAAACACCAUUGUAGUGCAAGACAGUCUUUGUCCACAACCUCCGCAACGAACCCAGCAGUACUGCAACAUCAUAGACUGUCAGCCUCAAUGGGUUCACUCCAGGUGGUCGAAGUGCUCAGCUCCCUGUGGAGGAGGUAUAAAGAGCAGAGAGAUGAAGUGCCAGCAGACUAUGGCUUUAGGGUCUGUAGUAACCAGGUCAGAUUCAGAAUGUCCACAAAGAAAACCACCAACAGCAAGGAAAUGCAAUAGACGGGCUUGCCAGGGAGAACGUGAUGAGAGUGACAGACCUAUCAUAUAUGCUCAGAAUUAUCAGAACUAUAACCAGAGCAAGUAUAUGAGGAAGGUUACUCUGAAGGUUGGAGGAAGGGCAAAAGUGUUCCGUGGGGUCAUGGUGAAAGUGAAAUGCCCUGUGCGAAGAUUUGAUCGCUCAAAGAUCACUUGGUGGUUUGAUGAUUGUGAGAUUGGCCGCAGUGGUGCAACCAGAACAACAAAUAAAGGGGUUCUAAAGAUCAAAGAAGCACAGUAUCCUGAUGCAGGAGUUUACAUUUGCAAAGCGGACAAAUCUGAAGCAAACCUUACGCUUGAGGUGGUACCACUGCCAUCUAGUUACUCUCCAGUACCAGAGAGAGAACGUGGCAGUUUAGAAAAUGAAGUUAGUCUCCACACACAUGAAGAUACUGGUUUCGGCAGAGAUGACUAUGACUGGCCAAGAAAUAAGUUCGGAAAGAAGAAAGGUCGCAAUGGUCGACGUCGCCAGAGCUCUAGAGGCAACAGGAGAAGGAAAAAUAAGGCAAAGUCAUCACAUGCCACUGAAACCACUCUCAGACCAAUCGAGCCUUUCCCAUCUGGCCCAGAAUCAGACACACUUGGAGAAGGACCCUUUAAGGCAUCAAGCAAGAACAUUCACACUGUGGAAGUAACAAGCGGAGAAGCAACGAAUAUCUUUGAUGUGAAUCGAUGGAGAGGUAAUGAAAAUUCUCGUAAGUCUGAUGACAAAUAUGUGUAUGGCACCAUCACCCACCAUGCACACAAUGGCUGGGAUAGAGAAAGAGAGAACCACUUUGGCAUUACCAAUCACCUGGCUGAAAGGAAGGAAACAUCUAGUGAAAGGCCUCAUGUUUACGGCAAAAUCACCCAUCACAGUGAUGGCAGCCGCAUCACAAGUGAAGAGAGUCAUCAUAUCUUUGGCACCAUACUGCAUGGUCCUCCAGACAAUGCUUUGAUAGAUGCAGACAGAACAGAAUGGCCAGGUUUUUCAUCCUCUACAGAGAUGUACUACAAUGGGAAGAAUAGGCAAUAUGAUGGGGAUGUGAAUAAUGCCAUAGAGGAUGAUCUGACAGCCUUGGGGAAAAAGCUAAACCUUUCCCCAGAUGACUCUGACUCAGUGCAGCAGAGAAGUAUUGGGUCGCGAGGAGGACGACAUGUGUCUUCAGGUGAUGUGGAUGGGAUGAUGCCAUAUGAUAUUGCACAUGAUGCCACAACCACUGAGCAUCCAAUGGGUACUCCUGAAAUCCUUGGGAAAGGAACUAGGGAUUCUUUGGAGUUUGAGUGGCAGAUGACAAAUUGGUCUGCGUGUUCACAGACAUGUGGAUUUUCCAGCACUUCAACUGGAUAUCAGGUCCGCUCAAUCCAGUGUUUGGUGCGUGUUGACAAUGUUAGUCGAGCUGUAGAUGGAGCCUUGUGUGCAGAUGCUGGGCUAGAAGCUCCAGUCACUAUACAGAAAUGUGGAUUAACAGAAUGCCCGCAUUGGAACUUUGAUGAAUGGUCACCCUGUGAAACUUCUCGAUGCUUCACCCUUCAUUAUGCUUUCCAGCGGAGGGAUGUUGUUUGUCAAUUGCAUAAUGCUACAAUAGUAAGUAAUGAUCAGUGUGACCUCCGUACCAAACCACGUCACCGCAGAGAAUGUUACAACAAACAAUGCACUGGUGUAUGGAGGGUUGGAGAAUGGUCUGAGUGUACAGCACCAUGUGGUGGACAGGGGUAUCGAACUAGACUUCUACAGUGUGUCUGGAAUGGCACAAAGAGAGCUGCUGGGAAUGCAUGUCGGGAGUUGCCUCGGCCUGAAGUUGUGCGCUGGUGUGAUGGUCCACCUUGCCCAGUCUCUAGUGAGGAAGACACCAAAGGUCGGAGGGAGUGUCGGGACCGAAGUAAAUACUGCAACAUUGUUAGGAGAAUGAACAUGUGCCGUGUUCCACACUAUCGUCAGCAGUGCUGUCGCUCCUGCCCUUAGCACACCCCUCCAGAAUGUCACAGAAGAGAUGUGACCUCACCAUGUCACCUUCACAAGGGUACUAACACCACCUGCCAGUAUCAAUAAGCUGCUGAAAAUAGAAACCUGCAGGACUUCUACCAGAGUAUCAACUCUGCAUCUUACCAAUGAUUCCAGGGUAUCUGUGCUAUUUACUGGUUAUAGAAGUUUGGGGAUUCUUUAUUGUUAAUAGUUCAGCUGCCUAGUGCUUGGUCUAUCCUCAAGACCAGACUCUAACAAUCUGAUCUCCAAGUUUAGAUCUUUUACAACCUGCUGCUGAUAAAAUGUCAUCAGAUUGUUGUACCAGUGCUAAUGUAUAACCUUUGGUGCCGAAAGCAAUAAUAAUAAUGUAAAUGUUAUUUAAACAUAAAGCAAAAUUCACUGUUAUUUCUUUUGUCAACAUAGUGAACAAGAUUGUGGUUAUAGUACUGUAUCUAGUACUGUACAUGCUAAAGUCAGAAUAUCUUUAUUCAGAUUUUAUACACAACCUAGAGACAUUUUACAAAUCCCUCUCCAUUACAGUUAAUGAUAUUCCAGCAUUCAUUUUGAGCUGUGUGAUCUGCUAAUAAAGUUCCAGUGUUAGUGAAUGUAUAUUUGAAGAAAGAAAGAAACUUACAAAAAAUUGGUUGAGCUGAUGCAGUGAAGACUUGUUGCCAUCAGAGUGAGAAAUGGAAAUGAACUCUAAUGCAGUGGCAAACUCUAUUACCAUCAGCUGGAAAAAAACAGAAUGUGUUCUUGAAGGUUCCUAAAUAUCAGUUUGAAAGAAAUAUUUGCUGUGUGUGCAAAGUGAUGGCUGGAAGCCAGGAUGAAAUGUGUUUGUUUAUGCAACUCCUCUCUCUUGAACAAGAGUUUGAAGGAGGAAGACAAUAAUGCCAUCAGAAUCUGUUCCAGCUAAGGACGUGAAGCAGAAAAUUCAUGUAACCAUAGCUUUAUAGACUGAUUUAGCUGUUUAUAAGAGCUUCAAGUUAGGAUUAGAAAUGGUGUUUUUCAAUUAUCUAAAAGGCAUAACUGAUCAGCACAGAGUGUCAAGAUGAAAUCAAUGAAUUGCAAAAUUCAGUAUUGUUUCUAAUAGUAUCAACAGGAUAUCCUUGUGUGUAUAUACAAGUGUAAUACAUAUAUGUGUGUAUGCGUAUAUAAAUGUGUUUGUGUGUGUGUG